AAAUAAAGCUCGGCCGCGGUAGAAGCGGGGUAGGGCACAUUCUUUUGGUGUCUUCCCCCCCUCUGGUGCCCCGGGGCCCCAGAUAUAACCGGGACCAUGUCAGCUACUGUGGCAGAAGCAAUAAACACUGCCCCCUCAGGGGGAUCAAAUGACAUGGGUUUGGAAGAGCCAAAGAAAAUGACAAGGGAAGACUGGAGGAAGAAGAAAGAGCUAGAAGAACAGAGAAAGCUGGGAAAUGCCCCAGCUGAAGUAGACGAAGAAGGAAAAGAUAUCAAUCCUCAUAUUCCUCAGUACAUCUCCUCUGUGCCAUGGUAUAUAGAUCCAUCAAAAAGACCCACACUAAAGCAUCAGAGACCCCAGCCUGAGAAACAAAAAGAAUACAGUUCAUCUGGAGAAUGGUAUAAGAGGGGUGUGAAGGAGAAUAUCGUGACCACAAAAUACCGCAAAGGAGCAUGUGAAAAUUGUGGGGCUCUGACUCAUAAAAAAAAAGAUUGCUUUGAGAGACCUAGGCGUGUUGGUGCCAAAUUCACAGGAACUAAUAUAGCACCAGAUGAACAUAUCCAGCCUCAGCUUAUGUUUGACUAUGAUGGUAAAAGGGAUCGGUGGAACGGCUACAACUCAGAGGAACAUAUGAAGAUUGUGGAAGAAUAUGCCAAAGUGGACCUGGCUAAACGUACACUGAAAGCUCAGAAGCUACAGGAAGAAUUAGCCUCAGGAAAAUUAAUGGAACAAGUGAAUUCUCCAAAACAUCAGUGGGGAGAAGAAGAACCAAAUUCUCAGACGGAAAGAGACCAUAACAGUGAAGAUGAAGAUGAAGAUAAAUAUGCAGAUGACAUUGAUAUGCCUGGGCAGAAUUUUGACUCUAAAAGACGAAUUACAGUCCGGAAUCUCAGGAUUCGAGAAGACAUUGCUAAAUAUUUGCGAAAUUUAGAUCCCAAUUCUGCCUACUAUGAUCCAAAAACAAGAGCAAUGCGAGAGAAUCCCUAUGCCAAUGCUGGAAAGAAUCCUGAUGAAGUUAGUUAUGCAGGAGACAAUUUCGUUCGAUACACUGGAGAUACAAUAUCAAUGGCACAAACACAGUUGUUUGCCUGGGAGGCUUAUGACAAAGGGUCUGAAGUACAUCUCCAAGCAGAUCCAACAAAACUGGAGUUGCUAUAUAAGUCAUUUAAAGUCAAAAAAGAAGAUUUCAAAGAACAACAGAAAGAAAGCAUCCUAGAGAAGUAUGGAGGUCAAGAACACCUGGAUGCACCCCCCUCUGAGUUACUGUUAGCUCAAACAGAAGACUAUGUGGAAUAUUCAAGACAUGGAACAAUCAUCAAAGGACAAGAGCGAGCUGUUGCCUGCUCUAAAUAUGAGGAGGAUGUUAAAAUCAACAAUCAUACACAUAUCUGGGGUUCCUAUUGGAAAGAAGGUAGAUGGGGAUACAAGUGUUGUCACUCUUUUGUCAAGUUUUCCUACUGUACUGGAGAAGCUGGGAAGGAAAUUGCUAAUGCAGAUGAAUAUAUUCCUGAUGAUGCUGAGGGAGAAGAGCAAACAAACAGACCAAAAACUCUGAUGGAGCUUCACCAAGAAAAACAGAAAGAGGAGAAGAAGAAGAAGAAGAAGAAGAAGCACAGGAAGAGUAGUUCUGACAGUGAGGGUGAAGAAAAGAAAAAGCAUGAAAAACUGAAAAAGGCUUUAAAUGCUGAGGAGGCUCGCCUCCUCCAUGUCAAGGAAAUCAUGCAGCUAGAUGAGAGGAAGAGGCCCUACAAUAGCAUGUAUGAAGCCCGAGAGCCCACAGAAGAGGAAAUGGAGGCAUACAGGAUGAAGCGCCAGCGGCCAGAUGAUCCCAUGGCUUCGUUCCUUGGACAACAGUGACAUAAUUUGAAAAGAAAUUCAGGACACCCAACUUGUAUAUAUUCCUUUUAAUCUCUUGGUAAAGAGAUGGGAAAAUCCUCAUUUGUUUUUCUUAUGACUCUUUUAAAUAAAUUUUUGAAUCUCUUUCAUCAGUUCAUUGCCUUCUGCUCCAGGGGAAAAAAAGACAGGAAGUAAGUUAUGGAGAUGUUUGCUAGAAUUUUUAAUUCAUUGACUGCAAGCCACUUUCAACAAUUGACUUUAAAGAUGUCAGUAUCAUAUGAUUUGUUUUUUUAAGGUUUAAUAUUUAAAAGCUUAAUAUUUAUAAUAUUCAA